AUGCUCUCCCUUCCAUCCAUCACCCCACGCGACUCACACGAACUCUGGUUCGGCACGUCCCAAGCACAACCAAUCGAACAAACAGACCCAGCAAACCCCUUCGCCCGCCGCAAUGCUGGCUCAACAAGUCAUCGUGCCUUCCUACCAUCCCGCUCUCCAGCCAACACACUCGCCGCCCUCGCGGCCGAAGAGCGCAAGCUCCGCUCCAGAAAACUAAACAUCGCUUCAUUCGGAUCCUCCUGGAUCCGGCCGGCAGGAUGCGCAAAGACCAUGCUCGGCAUGAAAGAAGAGGAAGCGGAGCGGGAAGAAGCACUGCAGGCUGCCGCUGCGGAGAUGGAGGCGGCGGAUGGUGCGAUGAUGGAUGAUACCACGCAUCCUGUAGAAGAAGGCAUGGAGCGGGAUUUGGAUGAGGAAAUUCCGAACGCGGAGGAGGAGCCGUCUGGUCUGGUUGAGGAGGGCGAGGAAGGGCUUGAGGAGGAAGGUGAUGAGUAUAUGGAGCGGGAUUUGGAUGAUGAUAUCCCCGAAGGCUUUGUGGAUGAUGAAUACGAGGGUUCGGGGCUUUAUGAUGAUGACGAUGACGAAGACUUCGAUAAUCAGCCUGAUUUGGAUGCGGAGAUUGCUAGUGAACGCGACUUGGAUGAUGAUAUUCCUGAUGCUGAGGGCUCACCCGAGGAAUGGCAGCAUACGGAUAGUGAGGAGGAGUUGAGUGAUGAGGAGGGCGAGAGUGUUCUUGAGCUUGGUACUCCGCAACCGGGUCUCCCUCAGCCUAGCAGUGCUCGUUCUGCCCAGCCUAGGUUCGCUGAAAACUUCCGCACCAGUACGCCGAAUAGUCGGGGCAGAUUGCCUCCACCGACGACUUUGCGCCGUGAGCAGGAGACCGAUGCCCAGCGUCGCUUUAUCAACCGUUGGAGUGGCGGUGGUGACGCAUUUGAUUCGAGCAGCAUGUUGUACAGCGAUGAGGACCUGCGCGCUUCGAUCACAAGCCAGAGCAGUCGACGCAGUGAGUUUGCAAGACGGUUUCCCAGGCAUAUUGGCGGGCCCAGAGACAGCUUGAAUUAG